AACUACAGAAGUUGAAGACGUGCACGAAAACUGUUUUUUUGUUGUUGUUUUUUGCUGAUGUUGCGCCUUUUGUAAAUUGUUCAGUCCAGUUUUGAGAGCCCGAUGUCUCAACCUUUAUCUCAAGACUCACCCUGAGGUUUCAACUGGCGAGAACUUAAACACCCAAGAAGUUUGCCUGAGAAGCAUCUUGGAUCUGAAAUGGGCAGCACAUUGGUGUGGCUGUCCCUGGCGCUGUCAGUGGCCUUUUCCGCCGGGCAAGACACGGGGACCGGGGCCACAAAGGAGGACAUCCCGGAGGGGGCAUCCACCCUGGCAUUCGUCUUUGAUGUAACCGGCUCCAUGUACGACGACCUGGUCCAGGUCAUCGAGGGCGCGUCCAAGAUUUUGGAAACAUCCCUGAACAGACCGCAGAAAAGUCUGUACAACUUUGCCCUGGUGCCCUUCCAUGAUCCAGAGAUUGGACCCGUAACAAUCACAACAGACCCCAAGAAGUUCCAGUACGAGCUGAGAGAGCUGUACGUUCAGGGAGGCGGGGACUGUCCUGAGAUGAGCAUUGGUGCCAUUAAAAUUGCCUUGGAGAUCUCCUUGCCGGGUUCGUUUAUUUACGUCUUCACAGAUGCCCGUUCCAAAGAUUACAAGCUGACCCAUGAAGUUCUGCAGCUCAUUCAGCAGAAACAGUCACAGGUUGUGUUUGUGCUGACGGGGGACUGUGAUGACAGGAGUCACAUCGGCUACAAGGCUUAUGAGGAGAUCGCCUCCACCAGCUCUGGGCAGGUCUUCCAUCUAGACAAGAAACAGGUCAAUGAGGUUCUGAAAUGGGUUGAGGAGGCAGUGCAGUCAUCCAAGGUCCACCUACUCUCCACUGAUCACUACAAUGGGGCCAGCAACACUUGGCAGAUGCCCUUUGACCCCAGCCUGAAGGAAGUCACUGUGGCCCUCAGUGGCCCAGCACCUAACAUUGAGAUUAAAAACCCCCAGGGGAAGCUGGUGGGGAAGAGUGACGGCCUGACUGAGCUCCUGCACAUUCCCAACUCUGCCAAAGUUGUCAACAUCAAGGACCCACAGCCUGGGAUGUGGACUAUCAAGACCUCUAGUGAAGGAAGACACUCCGUCCGUAUCUCAGGUCUCAGCACCAUUGACUUCCGAGCCGGGUUUUCCAGAAAGCCCACCCUGGACUUCAAAAAGACCUCCAGCAGACCAGUUCAAGGCAUUUCCACUCACAUCCUUCUGAACACCACUGGGCUUUCACCUCCUGCUCGGGCAGACAGGCUUGAGCUCCUGUCAAUCAACGGCAAAGUGAUCAAAACUUUGCCGAUCCGGUACUACCCUGAUCGCGAGCCAUUCGGCCUCUGGAACAUCACAGAGUUCAUUCCACCCAACGAGGCCUUCUUCCUGCGGGUGACAGGAUAUGAUCGGGAUGGUUUCCCGUUCCAGAGAGUCUCCAGCGUUUCCUUCUCCAGCAUUAUACCUGAUGCCCCUAAGGUGCUGAUGCCAGCCACAAGUCAUGGUUACUACCUCCAGAGAGGGGCUGUCCACUGCCAGGUGGAGAGCCUGAUCCCCUUCACUUUGCGCUUCAGCAGGGAUGGGAGGCGACUUGGAGUGGACCAGCUCUUCAGUGAGUCCGACAAUGCAUCAUGGGAAAUAGGCCAGGUUACCCUGAAGGAUGAAGGUUUCUACGAGUGUAUUGCUAUCAGCAGCGCUGGGACGGGAAGAGCUCGCACCUUCUUGGAUGUUUCCGAGCCGCCUCCAGCCAUCACGACCGAGGGUAAUGUGACCGCGUCUCCUGGCUCCCGUGCUGUCCUCACCUGCCACGUCGUCAGCACGGUCAGCUUCAACCUCACCUGGCUGAGAGGAGGUCAUGAUGCCCGUUUGGACCCACAUGUGCACAUCUUGAGCAACCUCUCGCUGCAGGUGUCUGCUGUGAGCCCAGAUCAUUCGGGCUGGUAUGAGUGCAUCGCUAUAAACGAAGGAGGGGUGAUGGCAGAGCGAACCUACCUCACUGUGCAAGAGGUGCCCAGGGCUUCAGUAGAGCCUCGGAAUCAAACCUUCACAGUAGGAGAUGAAAUGCGGAUCAGAUGCUCGGCCAGUGGGUACCCGCCACCACGUCUGGUCUGGACCCACAACGACAUGUUCAUCAUGGCAUCAAGCAGACACAGGAUGACUCCUGAUGGGACACUGGUCAUAAGAAACAUGGAGAAAAAGGAUGGAGGAGUGUAUGGCUGCCUGGCCAGCAACCAGGCUGGGACAGACACAGUGACCUCCAUCCUCACUUACAUUGAAUCUCCUGUGGUGACAGUGGCUUUGAGUGAUAUUCUCAUUGGCAUUGGAGAAACCACAGUGAUGGCUUGUUCUGCAUCUGGAGUCCCACAGCCUGACAUCUUGUGGUAUAAAGGCGAUGUCCAGCUGCACUCAUCAGCCUUCUUGGACGUGGAUGUGUUAGGAGGUACACUGACAAUAAAAGAAACCCAGGAUAUCGAUGCUGGAGGUUACUCCUGUGUGGCUGUCAAUGCAGCUGGGACCUCAUCAGGAAAGAUCUCUCUCGAUGUAGGAGCCGCACCCAAGUUCACCCGAGAGCCAUCAGACGUGGCGUCAGACAUCGGCUCCAAUGUCACCCUGCUGUGCCUUGCCAAGGGGCACCCCGAACCACAGGUCACCUGGAGCAGAGAGGAUGGACUUCCAGUUUUCAACAGGCCGCGCGCACACGGCACUAUUACACAGAGCACGUCAGCUUUACACAUCACCAACCUGUGGGUGGAGGAUGAGGCGGUGUAUAUCUGUGAGGCUCACAACCACUUUGGCAGAAUCCAUACCCAGGCCACAAUCACUGUGACUGGACUGGUCUCGCCUGUCAUUGCCGUGAGUCCGGCGGUACUCAGUGUGAUCGAGGACCAGCAGGUGACUUUGCCCUGUGUGCUAUUGGCGGGAAAUCCGCUACCUGAGAGGCAGUGGCUACAUAACUACGGCUUGGUGACCUCAGACCAGUAUGUGACAGUGAGGAGGGAUGGCAGUCUGCAUAUUGAGAGAGUCCAGCUUGACGAUGCGGGCGACUACACCUGUUUGGCUGAAAACGUUAUUGGAGCAACCAACCAUACCACAACUGUCAACGUCUAUGUGAUUCCUACCAUUCAGUACGGUCCUCAGGUGUUUAGCACAAUUGAAGGCACUCCCAUCACUCUGCCAUGCCGUGCCAGUGGAGUACCCACCCCUGACAUUACCUGGGCCAAGGGUGGGGAGCUGCUGUACUUGGGUGGUCCGGCCUUCUCCCUGGAUUCUGAUGGCAGCCUCCUCAUCACCUCCCCCUCUGGAAAUGAGACCGGAGAGUUCAUCUGCACAGCUACCAAUGCUGCCGGCUACGCCUCGAGGAAGGUCCAGGUCACCGUCUAUGUCCGUCCUAGAUCCAAUGCUGGUGGCGCCGGAGGCCCAGCAGAGCCACUGAGAAUGUCAGUCAUUGAGGGUGAGGAUGCCAUUUUGCCAUGUGAGGUCUACAGUGUCCCACCUCCCACCAUCAGCUGGGCCAAGGAGAUGCAGCUUAUCUCCCCGUUCUCUCCUAGGCACACUCAGCUUCCCUCAGGCUCGAUGAAGAUCUUGGAGACCAGAGUGUCAGACGGUGGACUUUAUGUGUGUGUUGCCUCCAAUAUUGCUGGAAACUUAACACAAUCCAUUGAGCUGAGUGUUUCGGUGCCCCCCAGUAUCCAGGCUGGCCCCAGGGUAAUGAAGGUGCAGGUGGGUCACCCUGUGGAGCUGCCCUGUGUGGUGAGAGGGGUCCCAGAGCCCACCCUCACCUGGACAAAGGAUGCUAAGAGAUACCAGGUAUCACCUGAUGGCAGUCUGGCAUUGAGAAAUGUUGGGCUGGCUGACGAAGGAACCUACACCUGCACAGCCACAAACGCUGCAGGCAGAGAUGAGGCUCAAAUUCAGCUUCAUGUGCAAGUGCCCCCUGUGGUCGAGGUAUUGGAGCCCCCCUUCAAUAGUCCCCUGCAGGAGAGAGUUGCGAACCAGCGUAUUGCAUUCCCCUGUCCUGCCAAAGGUCUUCCUAAGCCAGUAAUUCGCUGGUUGCGAAAUGGCCAGGAACUGACGGGAAGUGAGCCCGGUGUGUCCAUCCUGGAGGACGGUACGCUGCUGAUUCUGGCCUCUGUGUCACCGCUGGACAACGGAGAGUAUGUCUGUGCUGCGGUCAAUGAUGCUGGAUCCACUGAGAGGAAGUACCAGCUCAAAGUUAAUGUGCCUCCAGUUUUUCGUGAUGGAGAAACGCCAGGCAACGUGUCACUGGUCCUGAGCCAGUCCACCAGCUUGGUGUGUGAUGUCAUAGGAAGUCCAACCCCUGUCAUCACCUGGUACAAGGAUGGGACUCCUGUAAUUGCUAGUAACAGCAUCCAGUUUCUUGACAUGGGAAAAACCCUGCGACUACUGAAUGCAGCAACAACACAUGCAGGCAGCUACAGCUGUAAAGCCAUCAACAUCGCAGGCAGCACAGAAAAGGACUUCUUCCUGGAUAUACUGGUCCCACCGACCUUUGUAGGAUCAGACUCUCCUCGAGAUGUCUCUGCCAUUGUCAAACAGGAGAUCAUUUUGGAGUGCAAGGUGCAAGGAGCGCCCUUUCCCACAAUCCACUGGUACAAGGACAGGAAGCUGGUGUUUCUUGGUGAUCCCAACCUAGAGGUCACCAACAGGGGGCAAGUUCUGAGGAUUAAAAGUGCCCGUCUUGGGGACAAGGCCCGCUACCAGUGUAGUGUCAUGAAUACAGCUGGCAAACAAUCCAAGGACUUCAAUCUCAGUGUGUAUGUGCCCCCCUCCAUCAAAGGUGGCAACAUAACCACAGAAGUCACAGCCCUGCUGGACACAGUGGUAACAUUGGAGUGCGAGGCUCGUGGAGUGCCUCUUCCCACCAUCACCUGGUACCGAAAGGGAGAGGCCAUCUUGUCCAACCGACAGGUUCAGUACGUUGAGCGAGGCCACUACCUGAAGAUCUCUCGGGCGCAGGCGUCAGAUGCCGGCCAGUACACCUGCAAGGUGACCAGUGUCGCUGGGAGCACUGAGAAGAGCUAUGAACUGGACGUCUACUUGCCUCCUACCAUUGCAGGGGGUGAUGAUGGGCCAACUGAGAGGAAAGUGGUCCUCAGUAAGCCUCUGAUUCUGGAGUGUGAGGCUGGGGGGCACCCUCCCCCCUCCCUCACAUGGCUGAAGGAUGGAGUUCCUGUGCGUGACGGUGAAAGUGUCCGUCUUCUCGAGCAGGGGAGUAAAAUAGAAAUUCUCUCAGCUACGGUGUCAGACUCAGGGCGUUACGUGUGCGUGGCUACAAGCAUCGCUGGAGAGAAGGAGGUCAAAUACGACGUCAGAGUUUUAGUUCCACCUUUCAUCGAUGGAGCUGAUGAUGUGACAGACAGCACGGUGAUAAUCAACAGCCCUCUGGAGCUGGAGUGUCACGCCACAGGAACACCUGCACCUGUCAUCACGUGGUAUAAAGAUGGGAAACCAGUCAGACAGGGUGAGGGGUUGCGGGUGGCAGCCAGUGGUCGACGGCUGAUCGUUUCCCGUGCUCAAGUCUCUGACACGGCUCGUUUUCAGUGUGUGGCCACUAAUGAAGCAGGAGACCACGAGAGGGACUUCAAUGUAGUUGUCCAUGUUCCUCCAUCCAUUCAUGCCACCGGGCCUGCUGAACGAUCAGUGGUUCUCCACAAGCCCACCAGUCUGGAGUGCAUUUCCAGCGGCAUCCCUCCUCCCAGCAUUACCUGGCUUAAAGACGGCCGACCUGUUGACACAACACAGGGGCAUAUCAAGCUGGAGUCGGCAGGAAGACUGCUAAAGGUCACAGAGGCGAGACUAGAAGAUUCUGGGAAAUACACCUGCCUGGCCACCAAUGCAGCUGGUGAAGCCCAACAGCACAUACGGCUCAGUGUCCAUGAGCCUCCCAGCAUCCCCCACUCUGGAGAGAUCAUCAACCAGACCAUCCUGUCAGGCUUUCCCACUGAGCUUGAGUGCAAGGCCACAGGCAGCCCAUUACCUGCUAUCACUUGGUACAAAGAUGGCAGACCGUUGACAAGUGCGGCUGGGGUGACGAUGCUGAAGCGCGGCCAGGUGCUGGAGAUCGAACGGGCUCAACUGUCUGAUACUGGAAUAUACAGAUGUGUGGCGGUCAACCUGGCUGGAGUUGCUGAGAUAUCUCACAGCCUGCAGGUGUAUGUGCCUCCGGCCAUUUCCAGCCGAGGUGGUACAGUAACAGUUGUGGUGAACGAAGCUGCCAGGCUGGAGUGUGAGGCCACCGGAGUUCCUCUGCCCAGCCUCACGUGGCUCAAAGACGGUAGCCCGGUGACAAGUGUAUCACAUGGCAUACAGGUGUUGUCUGGAGGCAGAGUGCUGACCCUGAACAGUGCACUGGUUAGUGAUACAGGCAGGUACACCUGUGUGGCUGUCAACGCCGGAGGAGAGCAACACAGAGAGUAUGACCUGAGAGUUUAUGUACCACCUAACAUCAAAGGUGAGGAGGUGAAUGCCACGGUGAUGCUCAGCCGGCCAGUGGAGCUGCACUGCCAGAGCGAUGCGAUCCCUCCACCGACUCUGUCCUGGCGCAAAGAUGGCCGUCCACUCUUCAGGAAGCCGGGUCUGACUGUCUCAGCGGAUGGGAGUGUGCUCAAGAUUGAUAGUGCCCAGGUGCAGGAUUCAGGCAGGUAUUCCUGUGAAGCCACCAAUGUUGCCGGCAAAACAGAGAAGAACUAUAACCUAAAUGUCUGGGUUUCUCCCAGCAUCCGAGGCUCAGAGGAGGUGUCUCCUCGCACUGUGACUGAAGGAAGUCUCGUCACUCUGGUGUGUGAGUCCAGUGGCAUACCGCCCCCCAGCCUAACCUGGAGGAAGGAUGGCUCUGAGCUCAAGUCGGACCAGCGGCUCAGGGUUUUGUCAGGAGGUCGUCAGCUGCAGAUCUCAAGCGCUGAGAGGACAGAUACCGCCUCCUACACCUGCACAGCCUCCAGCACGGCCGGCACCACUUCCAAGGAGUACAGCUUGCAGGUUUAUGUCCGCCCUUCCAUCAGACGCAGCGAUGGCGACUCCGAUGACGUUGCUGUAACAAAAGGAGGCGAUGUGACGCUACAAUGUGCUGCAGAGGGCGUGCCACGACCAGCCAUCACCUGGCUGAAAGACGGGCGGCCUAUCACGGGCCAGCACGGAGCCAAGGUCCUGAACGAGGGGAGGCUGUUGCAGAUUAAAGAUGCAAAGGUGUCAGACACAGGUCGCUACACCUGUAUCGCUGUUAAUGUGGCAGGACAGGCCGACAGCAAGCAUGACAUCAGUGUACAUGUCCCACCUAGUAUAAUUGGUCAGGUGCAGUUGCCAGAAAAUGUGAGUGUUGUAGUGAAGAACCCAGUUGCUCUGAGUUGCGAGGCUUCAGGCAUCCCUCUUCCUGCCAUCACCUGGCUGAAGGAUGGUCAGCCAAUCAAAGCUACGAGCUCAGUGCGCGUCCUCUCAGGGGGACGGAGCCUGCGUCUAAUGCAUGCUGCAGUGGAGGAUGCUGGGAGGUACACCUGUAUUGUGUCUAACAGCGCUGGAGAGGAAAGGAAAAGCUUUGACCUGGACAUCCUGGUUCCACCAAGCAUUGUGGACGAGGGAACUGUAGUGGAUACUAAAGUCAAGGAGAAACACAACAUCACUCUCACCUGUGAGGCGUCAGGUAACCCUGUGCCAGAGAUUAAAUGGCUCAAGGAUGGACAGCUGUUGGUGCCUGACAGACGCCAUCAAGUUUUGUCUCACGGCCGUUUCCUCCAAAUUUCCGGGGCUCAAGUUGCAGACACUGGCAGGUACAGCUGCCUGGCAUCCAACAGUGCAGGGGAUCGCAGCCGGCACUUCAACCUCAAUGUCCUGGUUUCUCCCACCAUUGCUGGGUCAGGUCCUGACAUUUCUUCAGAAGAAGUGACGGUAACUCUAAGCAGCCCCACCUCUCUGGUGUGUGAAGUCCAAUCCUACCCUCCUGCUCUGAUCACCUGGCUCAAGGACGGCACUCCGUUUGAGUCCAGUCGCAACGUCCGAGUCCUUCCAGGUGGGCGCACCCUGCAGAUUCUCAAUGCUAAAGUAGAGGAUGCUGGGAGAUAUACAUGUGUGGCUACCAAUGAAGCUGGAGAGACGCUGAAGCACUAUGAGGUCAAGGUUUAUGUUCCCCCUCAGAUCAAUAAGAAUGAUAUCCCAGGGGAAGGACUGGCCCCCAAAGAGGUCAAGAUCAAGGUAAACAGCACACUGACCCUGGAGUGUGCAGCUCAGGCCUUUCCUACCCCGGCUCUGCAGUGGUACAAGGAUGGACAGAUCCUGCGGGCAGAUGACCACGUGUCCGUUACAGCCAACGGUCGCAUUGUUCAGAUCAAGCAUGCUCAGGUGUCAGACACUGGCCGCUACACCUGCGUUGCCACUAAUAUAGCUGGAGAGGAUGAGAAGGACUUUGAUGUAAAUAUACAAGUUCCACCUAAUUUCAACAGGCCUGGUGGAGUUGGGGACACCACGUCUUCCACGGGCUUUGGAGGGGAUGUUCGAGAUGUGAUUCUCAACAAUCCUAUCUCUCUCUACUGUGAGACCAAUGCUGUCCCCCCUCCAACACUCACCUGGUACAAAGAUGGACAACUGCUGACCUCCAAUGACAAGGUUCUGAUCUUGCCAGGUGGGCGAGUGUUACAGAUUCCCAGAUCCCAGGCUGAAGACUCUGGCAGGUACACGUGUGUGGCUGUCAACGAAGCAGGAGAAGACUCCAUUCAGUAUGAUGUGAGAGUAUUAUUGCCCCCGACCAUACGGGGAACAGACGGCGAUUUGCCUGAUGAGGUCACAGUCUUAGUCAACAAAACUACCCAACUGGAGUGUCAUGUGGAUGGAAACCCUGCUCCCAAGAUCACCUGGUUUAAGGACAGCCAGCCACUCAGCUCUGAUGGGACACAUAGAGUUCUGUCCAACGGGCGAACACUUCAGGUGUUGACUGCUCAAGUAUCAGACACGGGUCGUUUUGUUUGUGUGGCCGACAAUGUGGCUGGAAGUGCAGAAAAAUCCUUUAACCUUAAUGUUCACGUGCCUCCCACCAUCAUCGGCCUGAGUCCUGAGACUGUGACUGUGGUGGUGAACAACUUUGUGUCUCUCUCCUGUGAAGCUACUGGUUUCCCUCCUCCCACACUGAGCUGGCUAAAUGACAGGGGCCCCAUUCAGGCCAACGCUAAUGCACUCAUCAUGCCAGGUGGUCGUACGCUACAGAUUCUGAAAGCAAAAGUAUCCGAUGGAGGAAAGUACAGCUGUGUGGCCAUGAACGCAGCAGGAGAGGCUUAUAAACACAUCUAUCUCACUGUCUUCGUUCCUCCAAGUAUCAGAGACAAUAGUGGGGACUCUCCUGUGGUGGUAAACGUGCUUGUUGGGAAAUCAGUAACUCUGGAGUGCGAGUCUAAUGCUGUACCUCCUCCCACCAUCACCUGGUACAAGAACGGCAGAGUGGUGUCAGAAUCAGCAAACCUUCUCAUCCGGGCAGGCGGACAGAUGCUUGUGAUCAAAGGCUCAGAGGUCUCUGAUACGGGACAAUAUGUUUGCAAGGCCACUAAUGUUGCUGGACAAGUGGACAAGAACUUCCACUUGAAUAUUUAUGUACCUCCCGGUAUCGAUGGCCCAGCAGAGGAGAGUGUUGUGGAAACGAUUAGUAACCCAGUCACCUUUGCUUGUGAUGCGACUGGCAUCCCUCCUCCCAGCCUCGCUUGGUUGAAGAAUGGGCGAUCCAUAGAGAACUCAGAGUCUCUGGAGAUGCACAUCUUCUCAGGAGGAAGCAAGCUGCAGAUUGCACGGUCACAACUUUCUGACAGCGGCACUUAUACGUGUGUGGCCUCUAAUGUGGAGGGCAAGGCCCAGAAAAGCUACCACCUCACCAUACAAGUCCCUCCCAGUAUCUCUGGAUCUGAGCUACCCAGUGAGAUGGGCGUCCUGCUAAAUGAAAGCAUCCAGCUGGUCUGUCGAGCCAGGGGAACCCCAACUCCAACAAUCCAGUGGCUGAAGGAUGGAGAAGUCAUCAACAAUAUAGGAAACAAGGGGCUCAGGAUCAGUCCAGAUGGCAGCACACUCACUGUUAUUGGAGCUCACACCACUGAUAGUGGCAAGUACACCUGCGUGGCCACCAACACUGCAGGAGAGGAGGACAGGAUUUUCAAUCUGAAUGUAUAUGUACCUCCUUUGAUAGAUGGCAACAGUGAGAUAAUUGAGCAGCUGACUGCAGUUCUGGACAGUUCUGUCAACAUUGAGUGUGUUGCUGUAGGCUCUCCCCCACCGCAGCUCAACUGGCUGAGAAAUGGCUUGCCUCUGCCAGUGUCCUCCCACAUACGGCUCCUUUCUGCUGGACAGGUGCUCCGGAUUACACGAACCCAGGUGUCAGACAGUGGCACCUAUACCUGCGUAGCAUCGAACAGAGCAGGAGUGGACAACAGACAAUAUAACCUCCAGGUGCAUGUCCCUCCCAGUCUGGAUGGAGCAGGCAGCACGGAGGAUGUGACUGUGGUCAGAGGAAACUUGGCUUCUUUGCUGUGUAUUGCUGAUGGGACCCCGAGCCCGACUCUGUCUUGGCUCAAAGAAGGUGUCCCUCUAUAUCCUGACCCCCACCUCAAAUUCCUCAAUCUGAAUACCACUGUGCAAAUCAUCCAGGCCCAGGUCAACGAUACAGGACGCUACACCUGUGUGGCUAACAACACAGCUGGACAAGGUAGCCGCCACUUCAACCUGAAAGUGCUGGACCCUCCACGCAUCAAGGGCUCUGGAGUCCCAGCAGAAGUAUCCGUUGUGGUUAAUAAUGUCCUGGAGCUUCAGUGUGAGGCCUCAGGUAUUCCUGCACCCUCACUGACUUGGCUGAAGGAUGGACGCCCGCUCCCUCAGACAGACAGUCUGCGCCUCCUCCGGGGAGGAGAGGUGCUCCGUGUGGCCUCAACGCAGUUGGAAGACACAGGCAGAUACAGCUGUUUAGCCAACAGUCCAGCAGGAGAUGAUGACAAGGAGUUCCUGGUUCGAGUGCAUGUUCCCCCUAACAUUGCGGGGGAGAGCUCACCUCAGGACGUGUCGGUGCUGCAGAACCGACAGGUGACUCUGGAGUGCAAAUCAGAUGCUGUUCCACCUCCAACUCUGACCUGGCUCAAAGAGGGCCAACCUUUGCAGGCCUCCGCUCGUGUUCGUAUUCUGUCUGGUGGUCGAUACUUACAGAUCAACAUGGCUGAGCUCAGCGACAGAGCUCAGUAUACCUGUGUGGCCAGCAACAUCGCUGGCAAGACCACGCGACAGUUUAACCUGGCUGUCAAUGUGGCUCCGACUAUCAAGGAAGGCUCACAGACAGUGUCAGUGCACAUCAACAAGCCUGCAGUGCUUGAGUGCAUCGUAAGUGGAGUGCCACCGCCUCGAGUAACCUGGAGGAAACAUGGUGCCAUAUUGGCAGGAAACAACCCCAGGUACACAUUUGCAGAGGAUGGGUCAUUACACAUCCACUCUGCUCAGGUGACUGACACUGGUCGCUACCUGUGUAUGGCAACAAAUCAGGCUGGGACACAACGCAAGAGAGUGGACCUGCAAGUAUAUGUCCCUCCUUCCAUCACGGACAGCCGCACUAAUGUGACGGUUACAGUCAACGUUCAGACCACCCUGUCUUGCGAGGCCACCGGCAUUCCCAAACCCACCGUCAGCUGGAUGAAAAACGGUCGAGCCAUCAAUACUGACCAGAACCAGAAUAUGUACAGAUUACUAUCAUCAGGCUCCCUGGUAGUUAUAGCACCAACAGUGGAGGACACAGCACUGUAUGAAUGUGUGGUCUCUAAUGAGGCAGGGGAGGACUCCAGAUCCAUCGACCUCACUGUCCAUGUUCCUCCAUCUAUAGCAGAUGAACCCACAGAGCUCAUUGUAACCAGACUGUCCCCGGUGGUCAUCGCCUGCACUGCAUCUGGUGUCCCAGAGCCCACAAUCCACUGGAGCAAAGACGGCAUGAAGCUCCCUAAUGAGGGACAGGGCUUCAACAUCCUGCCAACAGGUCCAGUAGAGAUCAUCUCAGCUGAGCUCAGUCAUGCAGGACGCUACUCAUGCACAGCCAAGAAUGCUGCAGGCUCCACUCACCGCCAUGUGCAGCUCACAGUGCAGGAGAUCCCAGUGAUCCAGUCUCAUCCCUCCACCCUGGAUGUGAUCCUGAAUAACCCCAUCACUCUGCCCUGCAGGGCCACAGGCUCGCCCAGACCCACUAUCACCUGGCAGAAGGAGGGCAUUAAUAUACACACCACAGGUGGAAGUUUCACAGUACUGCCUAAUGGAAGUCUGCAGAUCUCAAAGGCCUCUGUGUCGGACUCUGGGACGUAUAUAUGUGUGGCUCAAAACCCUGCAGGCACUGCGCUGAGCAAGACUAAACUCAGAGUACAAGUUCCACCUUCCAUUCGUGGUGGAGAGCUGGACAUAGCAGUGGUGGAAAACAGUCAGGCUCAGCUGGUGUGUGUGGCGGAGGGCGUCCCUCAGCCCAGCCUGUCCUGGGAGAAGGACGGUAAUCCUCUCAGUGAAAGCACUGGGGAGUACACAAUCCUGCCCUCCGGAGAGCUGGUCAUAGACAUCGCUCAGCCCAAUGAUGCAGGUAGUUACACGUGUGUUGCCACAAAUACAGUCGGACAGGACAGUCGGACAACGACCCUGGCCGUUCAUACUCACCCCGUCUUCACUGAGCUGCUCGGAGAUGUUGCCCUCAACAAGGGAGAGCGCCUCCUGCUGGCCUGUGGAGUCAGUGGAAUCCCCACACCCAGAAUCACAUGGGCCUUCAACAACAACAUCAUCCCAGUUCACUACGACCACAUGAACGGCCACAGUGAGCUAGUGAUAGAGCGAGUGAGCAAAGACGACUCUGGCACCUACACCUGCGUGGCAGAAAACAGCGUGGGGACCAUCAAGUCACUGGGCUUUGUCUACGUCAAAGAGCCUCCUAUCAUUGAUGGGGACCUCCACUCCAACCGUAUUGAACCUCUGGGUGGAAACGCCAUCCUGAACUGCGAGGUUCGGGGAGACCCCCUGCCCACCAUCCGCUGGAGCAAAGGUGGAAUAAACAUCCAGAUCAGCAACCGCAUCCGUCAGCUGGACAACGGCUCUCUGGCCAUCUAUGGCACAGUGAGUGAAGAUGCAGGCAACUACAUGUGUGUGGCAACAAACGAUGCUGGAGUGGUGGAAAGGAGUGUUACACUAACCUUACAGAGUGCACCCUCCAUCACAGUGGAGCCAGUGGAGACAGUGGUGGAUGCUGGCACCACAGUUGUGCUCAACUGUCAGGCGGAGGGUGAGCCUACCCCCAUGAUAGAGUGGUCCCGCCAGGGGCGCCCCCUGCUGGGCAACGACCGCUUCUCUGCCCUGUCCGACAGCUCGCUCAGGAUCAGCAGUGCCCAGAAGGAGGACACAGCUGAAUAUGAGUGUGUGGCCAGAAACCUGCUGGGAUCAGUGCUGGUCAGGGUCACUCUUACUGUACGAGUUCAUGGGGGCUUCUCAGAGUGGGCAGAGUGGGGUCCUUGCAGUGUGUCCUGUGGUAUCGGGUCACAGAAGAGGCUGAGACAGUGUAAUAAUCCUUUACCUGCCAAUGGAGGACGCCACUGUGCAGGAUCGGACACAGAGACACGUAGUUGUCAGGGAAAGCCUUGUCCAGUGGAUGGGAACUGGUCAGAGUGGUCUCUCUGGGAGGAGUGUUCUCGUACCUGUGGUCAGGGCAACAGAACCAGAGUCCGGACCUGCAGUAGCCCUCCGGCUCAGCAUGGAGGCAGGCCAUGUGAGGGAAAGGCAGUGGAGGUCAUCAUGUGCAGUGUCAGACCUUGCCCAGUGGCAGGUAAUUGGGGGUCUUGGCUACCAUGGAGCCCAUGCAGUGAGACCUGUGGGAAGGGUAUGCAGUCCAGAAUCCGCCUGUGCAACAACCCUCCUCCAGCAUUCGAUGGGCCACAGUGUGAGGGCACAGACACCCAGACACAAGUGUGCAAGGAGAGACCAUGUCCUGUUGAUGGGAAGUGGUCGUCCUGGGUGAGCUGGGCAGCCUGCAGUGUUUCAUGUGGAGGCGGGACUAGACAGAGGACACGCCUCUGUUCCAGCCCCGCCCCUCUGCACGGUGGCAGGCAGUGUGAAGGCAACGACGUGCUCAUUGACUUCUGUAACAGCGACCCCUGCCCCAUCAGUGGUAACUGGGGCCCGUGGAGCAGCUGGGGCAGCUGCAGCAAGACAUGUAACGGAGGUCAGAUGAGGCGCUACAGGACAUGUGACAACCCCCGACCUGCCAAUGGUGGGAGAGCAUGUGCAGGUGCAGAUACACAGAUACAGAGAUGCAGCACGGCCAACUGUCCUGUUGAUGGUAACUGGGGUUCAUGGCAGCCGUGGGGUGAAUGCUCCGCUACCUGUGGAGGUGGACAGAGGACACGUGUCCGUCUCUGUAACAGUCCGUCUUCUAGCAAUGGUGGUCGACUUUGUCCUGGAGACUCCUCUCAGCUGUCCAGGUGUAACAGCCACGCCUGCCCAGGUGGACCCCAGAAAGCACGAGGAAGCAUCAUAGGGAACAUCAACGAUAUUGAGUUUGGCAUCGCCAUCCUCAAUGCCACCAUCGCAGACAGCAAGUCUGGCGGCAGAAUCAUCAAGGCCACUAUUACUAAUGUACCGAGGACAUUAGGUCCUGCAAUGAGAAAGCUCAUCUCACUCCUGAACCCGAUAUACUGGACAACUGCACAGGAAGUAGGCGAGGCUGUUAAUGGCUUUACGCUAACAGGAAGCAUCUUCAGGCGGGAGACACAGGUGGAAUUUGCCACAGGUGAGAUCCUGAGGAUGACCCACAUUGCCAGAGGCCUGGACUCUGAUGGAGCGUUGUUAUUGGACAUUGUAGUGAACGGACACAUCCUGCAGCUGCCCUCACAUGCUGAAAUCAGCAUCAAGGACUACACAGAGGAUUACAUCCAGACCGGCCCGGGCCAGCUGUACGCUCUGUCCACCCGCAUGUUCAGCAUCGACAGGGAGAGUGUGCCCUACUCGUGGAACCACACCAUCUCUUAUGACGUGUCCAAGGGCAAGAUGCCCUACCUGGUGGAAACGCUGCACGCCACAGCUAUCAGUGCUCACUACCACCCCCUGGAGGAGAUGUUGGAGUAUAGCAUCCAAGCUAGUAUUGCCAAGGGAGAGCGCAGUAAUCAGUGUCCUCAGGGAUUCACUUUGGUGUCUGCUGGGCCCUACUGUGCAGAUGAGAACGAGUGUGAGGUCAGGAACCCCUGUUCUCACGCCUGCCACAACGCCAUGGGCACCUACUACUGCUCCUGUCCCCGAGGCCUCACCAUCUCAGCUGAUGGCCGGACCUGUCAGGACAUUGAUGAGUGUUCACUGGGUGGGAACGUUUGCCACGAUGGACAGGACUGUGAGAACACGAUUGGCUCUUAUCGCUGCCUCAUGCGCUGUGGGCGUGGCUUCAGGAGAACAGCUGACGGUCUCAGCUGCACGGAUGUGAACGAGUGCCAGGAGUCUAAUCCAUGCAAUCAACACUGUCUGAACACGAUUGGCAGCUACCGAUGUGCCUGUGAGCCUGGCUUUCAACUCAGGAACCGACGCUGUAUAGACAUAAAUGAGUGCAGACAGAGGGUUUGUCGAUCGGAUCAGCAGUGUAAAAACACACGAGGUGGUUACACCUGUAUCGACCUGUGCCCCAAUGGUAUGACUAAAGGUGCCAAUGGGACAUGUGUAGACAUCGAUGAGUGCAGAGACGGCACUCAUCAGUGCAGAUACAAUCAGAUCUGUGAGAACACCAGAGGCAGUUACCACUGUACCUGCCCACGUGGCUACAGAUCUCAGGGAGUCGGGCGGCCCUGUGUCGACAUUAAUGAGUGUGAGUUGAGGGAUGCCUGCCAGCACGAAUGUAUGAACACACCGGGGAGCCACAGGUGUCUCUGUCCUGCUGGUUACCGCCUCAUGACCAAUGGCAAGACCUGUCAAGAUGUAGACGAGUGCCUGGAGCAGAACAUCCAGUGCGGAGUGAACCAGAUGUGCUUUAACAUGAGAGGAAGUUACCAGUGUAUCGACACACCCUGUCCACCAAACUACCAGAGGGAUCCAGCUACAGGGUUUUGCCUGAAGAACUGCCCACCAAACGACCUGGAGUGCGCGCUGAGUCCUUACGCCCUGGAGUACAAGCUGCUGUCUCUUCCCUUUGGCAUUGCAGCCAAUCAGGACCUGAUCAGACUGGUGGCGUACACACAGGAUGGAGUGAUGCACCCGAGGACCAGCUUCCUCGUGGUGGACGAGGACGUCACGUUACCUUUUGCCCUGCGGGACGAGAACCUGAAGGGAGUGCUGUUCACCACACGGGCGCUACGAGAGCCCCACACGUACCGCAUGAAGGUCCGUGCCCUCUCCUACAGCGAAGAUGGAGGCAUCGAGUACCAGACGACCUUCAUCGUUUACAUCGCCGUCUCUGCCUACCCCUACUGAGAGCACUUUAAAUGACACAGAUGAAAGGUGCGGUGAUAAAUUGCAUCCUAAAUGAGUGAAUGGGUGUGGUUUUUGGAAAGGCAGCCACAUCAGUAAACAAACUGAAAGAAGACUCUCUCAGUGUGAGAGAGGCCAGUGAGUGCUUACAGUCCUGAAGACGAGAGGAAGUAGAUUUAAAGUGGAUACAAAGCAUGCCACUGGAGGCUAACAGGUGGCUUGGAUGAAACUGGCUAUUUAUUAGCUUUAAUACCUGGAAUCAUCACCUCAGUCUGUCAGGACUUUAUCAGUGAAAUGUUUGAUAUUUUGCCUUGUUAUUUUCCCCUGACCCUUCAGAUUUAUUUAUAAGAUCAAUAAGAUUUUGCUCCUGAAAGCCGAGGCGUCCACCAAAAGUAGGCUUCAACCCUACUCAAGUAAUCUUAGCUAGCCUUUUAUUUACAUCUACCUAUUAUUAACUUAUUGGGAAGUGCUUGAACAAGAAAAAAUGGACAGUUCCCACCUUUGUUUAGUCCUUGUGUCAUCAGUCACCAAAGUGGAGUUGUGACUGUUCAGAUACGGUGCUCAUUUCUACGACAGAAAACGUGACUGUCACAUAUUCUGCAUCCUCAGGUAGCAGCCUCUCAUACACACAAGUGCAUCACAUAGAAACCCUUUCUGAUUAUUACACUGAUUACAUCAUUAAUGUGCCAUGUACUGCUCCAUCCAACAGUUGAUGCCAAGAUGUAUUUUAUUUUUAUGACUUGUACAUAUGUUUUUUUCUCAUAAUGUAUUGCCAUACUGUACUUACUGUAUCCAUUUUGUAAUAAAAAUGUAAUAAA